CACGUUUGACUUCAUUCCUUCAAUUCAGCUACCCACUCGUUGUGACUGAAAAUGUGGCAGACGUCCCCUCAGAAUUCUGAAUCUCCUGCUUCCUUUCCCCGUGGAUAACCAUGAAGCUCUCGCUUACUCUACUCGGUCUUUGCACGAGUUCGCAUGCCUUGCAUAACAGACGGUCAACUCGCACUACCGAUUCACAGCAGCUCAGACGCACAGUACGAGAUACGGUCUCCGAUAGCCUCAUCGAAGCAUCUUCUACAGAUAGUCCAUACCCAACGAAGCCGAAGAAACCAUUACCGUGGUGGAAACUACCCAACACCGAGAACGGAGAGAUGAAUGCGAUUUCAUGGACGCAGUAUUACCCUUUGAACAACGAUGGCGAGAGUCAUAGUGAGGAGAUAGGUACAGGCGUAUCUGUAGGUAAUAACGUGUGCCCUAUCAACCAAUGCCAGAGCAGUGGAGUGUUGGGUCAAUUUUAUUGCGGACAGAACGCGCGAUGCCUUCAGAACUACUGUCAAUGCAACCUUGGAUGGAAGCCAGCCAACAACGUGCCGGUGUCUCGAGGUUGGACUGGACUUGAAGCGCUAACGGUGUGGGUGGAGGACUACAGCUCAGGAUGUACGGAGCGUUGCAAUAGUCUGUCCUGCUCGGAGGUUCCGCAGGUGAAGGGCUGUUUCGAUCAGCAUGUAAGGCACACCUACAACGAUGAAGGAAGUGGCCAGGCUCAGGGAGGUCUGGAGGGUCUGGCAACCGAUGUUCUGCAUCUAGGAGCCAUCAAAGCCCCUGGAGCAGAUGGUGGUAUCGGCCGGUAAGCCAUGUGUAUGGUUGCUUUUCCAAUACCAUCGUGACUUGGCAGUACAAUUCUGCUUCAACGAGCUCCAGGGUGACGCAAACACAUUCACCAAGGCCUUUCUCUACCAGAACUACGGCUACCCGUCCCCUUCAAGUCAACCUCCCAGCUCGGCCUACUGCUGCUCCUGCCGACCCAGUUCAGCC